GUAGUAUAUAUGCAUUGGCUUUUCAUUAGGUCAUUUGAUUCUCUCUCUACGUCUGUAUUAAUUAAUUAAUUAGUAGCGCUUUUGCCAUUCAACCGUAGGUGCCAUGGCCGAGAAGAAAGAUCCAGAGUUUUUCUUGGAGAAUGAAGAAGACGGUGUCGAUGCAGAAGGUAAGAAAACCUAUGGUAGUGGUAGUGAUGAAGAAGUUGGAGAAGAUGAUAGUGAGCGAGGGCAAAAAUCGCCGCCUUAUUCGCUUUUCUCUUCUCAGCAAUGGCCUCAGAGUUACAGGGAGGCGACUGAUUCUUAUACAAUUACGGCAUCACCAGUUUUUGGAGCCCUCCGAUGGGCAUCUGGUAUCAGUAAUAAAAGUAACAUAGAUUUGGAGACAAAAACUCCACUGCUGUCUGAAAAUGAAAAGAUCUAUCAAAGAGAAGACUUGGACAGGAUCUCAAGAAUGCAGUCAUCAUGGUCGGAGAAGGCUUCAUUGACUGAGAAACUCACUGGAGAACUCCCAACUAGCAAUGGUUGUAGUCUCACUCAAACUAUAUUCAAUGGGAUAAAUGUAAUGGCUGGAGUUGGGCUUCUUUCUACGCCUUGUACGGUGAAAGAUGCUGGUUGGGCAAGCUUGGCAGUGCUAGUUCUUUUUGCAAUCGUUUGUUGUUAUACUACUUCUCUUAUGAGAUAUUGCCUUGAGAGCAAAGAAGGCAUCGUAACAUACCCAGAUAUUGGAGAAGCCGCAUUUGGUAGAUAUGGACGCCUUAUAGUAUCUAUCCUUUUGUACACAGAGUUAUAUUCAUAUUGUGUGGAAUUUAUUAUUUUGGAAGGGGAUAAUCUUACCAGGCUAUUUCCUGGAACGUCCUUGAAUUGGUCUGGUUUUCAAUUGGACCCCAUGCACUUCUUUGGGAUUCUCACUGCCCUCAUUGUUCUACCAACAGUUUGGCUGAGGGAUAUUCGAGUGAUAUCUUACCUUUCAGCUGGUGGGGUCAUUGCAACGAUUGUGAUUCUCCUUUGUGUGCUUAUCCUCGGUACAACAGAAGGAAUUGGAUUUCAUCAAACUGGUCAAGUAGUAAACUGGAAUGGUAUUCCUUUUGCCAUUGGAGUGUACGGCUUUUGCUUUUCUGGGCCUUCUGUGUUCCCAAAUAUUUACCAAUCAAUGGCUGAUAAAACAAAAUUUAGCAAGGCACUGAUAAUAUGUUUUCUUUUGUGUGUUAUAAUAUAUGGAGGAAUUGCAAUCAUGGGAUUUCUUAUGUUUGGUGAAGGCACGUUGUCCCAGAUAACUUUGAAUCUGCCACCACAUGCCAUUACUUCCAAAGUUGCAUUGUGGACUACGGUUAUCAACCCAUUCACCAAAUAUGCGCUGCUGAUGAACCCAUUAGCCAGGAGUAUAGAGGAACUGCUGCCUCCCGGAGUUUCUAAUAGUCUUUGGUGUUUCAUUCUUCUAAGGGCGACACUUGUUAUUUCUACCGUUUGUGUUGCAUUCCUUCUUCCUUUUUUUGGUCUUGUGAUGGCUUUAAUUGGUUCUCUUCUUAGUAUACUUGUGGCAGUAAUUAUGCCAACUUUAUGUUUCCUGAGUAUUGUUCAGAGGAAGGCUACAAGAAUGCAGAUUUUUUUGAGCAUUGCAAUUUUGGCGUUGGGCAUCAUCAGUGCAGUGCUGGGAACAUACUCUUCCUUGUUAGAAAUUGCAAAGAACUACUGAGAUUUUCAAGUACUUCAAAACAUGGCAAUUUUUGUUAAGUCUCACGAUCCGUGUGCUACUACUGUUACUGUUAUUGUUUUGCACCUUUCCAUUGUUUAAACUAGUUAGAGGGAUAAACCCCCCCAAUAUAUUGCUUUUAUCGGGAAAAAACUAUUUUGGAUGUCAACUCUCAUUUCUUUAUGUUUUUUACCCUUGAUCGGAAAAAUUGUAUUGAACCCAUAUUAGUUGUCCUUAUGGACCAUAUAUAACUAACGCCAAUUUUGUUCUA